AUGUCACUCAGCGGUAACAGAGGUGUGGGUGGCUGUUUUGCUGCGGGAAGGGAGGCCAGUAGCUUAUUUUCCUUUGUAGAAUUACAACAAAUCCAGCUUCCGAUUACUAAAAAUCAUCAAAUUUCUCAAAUGGGUCUCAUAAACAAUCACAAAUCUUGUCCAGUGACUGAAUCCCACCAGCGAAUCCACAAAUUCUUCACCAUAUGCAACUACAUUCUCUUAUGUGCAGCCACCAGUUGCAUAUUCCUCACUCUUUCUCUCCGCUUAUUCCCUUCCCUCUGCGGUUUCUUUGUCAUUCUCCUCCACAUGUUCACCAUCACUGCAGCUGUAUCUGGCUGUUCUGCGGCCUUAUCUGGGUCCAACAAAUGGUAUGCAGCUCACAUGGUCAGCACCUCUCUAACAGCAAUAUUUCAAGGAUCAGUUUCAGUCCUUAUCUUCACACAAACUGGUGAUUUCUUGGGGUACUUGAAGUCUUAUGUGAGAGAAGAAGAUGGUGCUGUGAUAUUGAAGUUGGCUGGUGGGCUUUGUGUGUUGAUUUUCUGCCUUGAGUGGGUGGUUUUGGUUCUUGCUUUCUGGCUGAGAUACUAUGCUUUUGUUGAAGGAAAUGGGAAUGGCAGUGCUGGUUCUAGAAAUGGGAAAGUUCAAGAAGAUGAGUUGAAAAAUUGGCCUUGGCCUUUGCAAUUUUAG